AGGCGGUCUCUGCCCUCAUCAAAGAUGGCGGUCGGAAGCACCACCGGCUGUUAGGUUCCCCACCCCUCGCUCCUCGCCGGGUUGUUGGGGUUCGCGGCUGAGAUGGCGGCGGCUGAGCUGGAGUACGAGUCCGUCCUCUGCGUGAAACCCGAUGUCAACGUCUACCGCAUCCCGCCGCGCACUUCCAACCGCGGGUAUAGGGCAUCUGACUGGAAACUGGACCAUCCGGACUGGACAGGGCGGCUUCGUGUCACCUCCAAAGGCAAAACUGCAUACAUAAAACUGGAGGAUAAGGUUUCAGGAGAGCUCUUUGCUCAAGCUCCUAUAGACCAAUACCCUGGCAUUGCAGUAGAGACUGUGACAGAUUCCAGCCGCUAUUUUGUCAUUCGAAUUCAGGAUGGGACUGGACGAAGUGCUUUUAUAGGCAUUGGCUUCACGGAUCGUGGUGAUGCCUUUGACUUCAACGUCUCUUUGCAGGAUCACUUCAAGUGGGUGAAACAGGAGACUGAGAUCUCCAAGGAAUCCCAGGAAGCUGACUCACGUCCCAAAUUAGACUUAGGGUUUAAGGAAGGGCAGACCAUCAAACUGAACAUUGGGAACAUGACGACAAAGAAAGGAGGAGCAGCCAAGCCCCGUGUGGCUGGAUCAGGGGGCUUAAGCCUGCUGCCACCCCCACCAGGAGGCAAAAUUGCUGUCCCUCCUAUACCUCCCCCUUCUUCCACAGCCAUUGCCAACCAUGUCACACCACCUCCUGUGCUGAAAUCCAUGAAAUCCAGUAAUGUGAGCAGUGCAGAUAUUCUAUUAGACUUGGAUGCUCCAGCAUCUGCAUCCAAGGCACCAACAUCAGCUACCACAGACCUCUGGGGUGACUUCAGCACUGCAUCCAGUGCUGUUCCCAAUCAGGCUCCUCAGCAGUCCAACUGGGUCCAGUUCUGA